GUGGGGACUGCAGCGGUCAGGGCUCACAGGGAGGGUUUUUCACUGGGGGCUGCUGGAUGUCUUGGUUUUGACUGGGAGAGAGAUAAUUUUCUCCCCAGAAGCUGCUCCAGUGCUGUGUUGGGGAUUCAAAGUGAGAACAACGUUUGUAACACGCUGAGGCCCCGCUGAGCUGACUCCAAGUCAAGACUUUUCAGUGUCCCGUGCUCUGCCAGCAAGGGGAGCACGGCCAGGAGACCCAAGUCAAACCGGCCAGAGGGAUAUUCUGGACCACAGAACCUCCUGCCCAGUCCAGAAACUGGGAGGGGGUUGGCCAGGAGCCACCGAUUGCUACUGGGGAACAGGCUAGGCAUUGGUCAGUGGGUGAUGAGCGACUUCCGAGCACUGCUGGUUUCUCUCAGGUUUUAUUCUGUUCUCUCUCCUUCCCAUUACUAUUAAUAGUAGUAGCAGCAGUAAUGUCAAUAUAUUUAGUCUUGUUUCAGUUAUUUAACUAUUCUUUACCAUUUCUGGAUUCUCUCCCCCAUCUCUCCAGAGCAGCAUGCAGCUGUGUGGGACUGAGUUACUGGCUGGGGUUCAGCCACGACAGUCCUUCUUGGUUCUCAACUGGGGCACAAAGAGUUGAGAUAACAACAGAUCUGAGCAGAGUGUGUUAAAACAAAGUUGUUGUGACCAUCUCUUGUAUUUAUUUAACAGCUGUGGGUCACAGUUUGCUCUCGGAGUUCCUGCCCGUGCACUCACAGGUGCAUUUUAUAAAAACCCUUCCUGGUGCGUGCAACCCCGUGGGAAUGUUCAUCCUCCCUUGGCUCUGGGCUUAGGUUAUCAUUGUGUUGUGGUUGGUAACACGGAGCUGUGCUACGAGAGAACGGCUGGAGCUGAAUCGAAGCUGCCGGCUGUGCUCAGCAUUGCCGUCCCCGCUGGGCUUCGGGAGCCAUCCAGUGGGAACUGUCACUAAUUACACCUUAGGCUUUUCUCCGGCGAGGGCCAGGCUAUGAGACAAGUCUUCCACCGUGGUGUUGCCUUUGCCUCGCUCUGCACCUGCUCAGAUGCUGAGGCCAAGUCCAAGAGGAUGAGCACACAGAGCGAUUCUGACAAAACUGGGGUGUGGUUUAACUUGUUCCGUUUCCUUUCCUGCCUAGCAGCCUUCACAGCAGGGCAUUCUGCUGCACCUUGCCCUGUUCCUUACGGGCAGAGCCCAGCAGGUGCACAGCCUGGGCUCUGCUCCAGUUCUCAGGCAGCCCCGUUGUUAAGGAAAUGUCCCUGUCUGAGCAUCCCCCAGGCACUCUGGCAGUCACACUCCCAUCACCAGACUGUUCCUGCUGGAACCAAAUCCCCUUUGCAGUGGGUGGCUCAGGUGAGCCAAGGGUACCCCCAUUGACUCCCUGCACUCCCCCCAUUCUCACAGUCAGACCAGGUUUUCCACAGCAGAGUAUCACAUAUCUCAUUCCACAAAACAAUUUAUUUGCGGCGCAGGAACACAGAAACAAAUUGAGCCAGUGCCUCCAGGGAGGGACCUUGAAGCCCAUUGCUGUUACGCCUUCACAGUCUGAGCACAGCAAAGUCUCAGCUCUUCCUCCCAAGGCUUGGCAUCUGCUCUGUCUCUGAGUGGCCACUGGCCUGGCUGUGCCACAGGUCCUCGGGCUCCUUGUCCUGCCAGGUCAUGGGCUCUUCCCUCGGGCUCCUGCCAGCCAGAGCUCAGCCUGGAGUUGGCACUGCAGCUGCACCCCGAGCUACCUGCCCCAGGUGUAUUCCUUAGCUGAGGAACUGCACACAGGACCUCCUCCUCGGCCUCCGGGACCGCAGGCUGGAGCUGCUGGAGCUGCCUGAGCACUGCCCCAGGUGCGGGUGUGCGUGAAGGCACUCUGGGGCCCUGGACCCUCGUGGCUGAGCAGGACAUGUGGCCAGGGAAGCUGGGGCACAGCCGAUACUGCUCCUCCCUUGGCCAAGCUGGAGAAGAGCUGCAGCUGGAGCGUGUGCCAGAAACUGCUUUGGGAGCAGAGGAACAGCGUCCCUGGGCUGCGCCCCUCGCUGUUCCCCAGGAGCCCCGUGGUGAUCAGUCACUGCACCUCCAGCAGAUUGCUCUGCCUGUCUCUUGCCUUUGUGCACAGAGCGAGGCUGGCAGGGCUCUGCUGUGUAAAAGCUGCCCCAAGGAACCAGAUGGGCUGGAGGAACAGGCACCAGAGACCUCACCAAAUCCAGCCAAGAAGGGGUCGGAAGUGAGAGUGUCGCCAAACAGGAAAAUAGAAACUUAUCCAAUACCAAUUGGAUGUGAAUAAGCAGACACUUCUUUAUUCAGGUGCUGGGAACACAGGGAUAACUCCUCUGGAAAUGUGUUCCACUUAACAAACAAAACCCAUCCAUUUUAUUUACUUGUUCUGCUGAAUCAUCAUUAUGUGUGUUCUUUUACAUGCUACACAUACUAUGCCCACUCUUAAAUUUAACCUUUACAUUGUUUGGUUCUAAUAGUUAAUAACUUCAUCAGUAUUCUUACUCUAAAACAAUCAUUGGCCAUCUCUCCUGAGGUCUGCUGACUGGAAUCCUUAAACUUAAAAUCAAGAUGGGAAGGACAGUGGGUUUCCAAGCAGUGUUACUGGUGAGUGUGACUGCAACAGAAGGGUCCAGUAACUUCCUGGGGAGGUUUCUACGGUUACAAUCCAAACACAGCCCCCCUGAUAUUUCUGUACCUUAUAUUUCACAUUUGCCUACUUAUAGUCAUAGCUAUAUAACCCAUUUAUAUUAUCUGAUUGUUUGAUCAAAACAUUCAUAACAAGAGCAGACAGGAACAGCAGAAGCCAGGGCAGGGGAGACUGGGAAGGCGGCACAGAGGUGUCUGGGCUGAAGGGGAUCCUGAGGAAAGGGGAGGAGAAGACUUUCCCUCAGCCUGUGCUUCUCUUUCUCAAAACAUGACCAAGGAAUCUCAUGUUGCCAGGAAUGGGCCAAACAUCCACUUUGCUUUAAUUUUCCCAGCUGUGGCUGCUUGGCCAUGACAGGGAAGAAGGUCUAAAAAGGGAAAGGAGGAAAAGCAGCCCCCAAACUGGGCAUCUUUGGAGUGGCAGUUCCUCCCAUUCCUUCCUGUUGGUGAGGAAGCUUUGCCUGACAGAAUGACACAACCGGGGAGGGGGGAAGGGGCCUGUGGACAGCAGCUCUCACAUCUGGGUCACCCAGAGUAGGGGUGGCCCACAGGGCUGUCCAAAGGAGCCUCCAGGUGGGCUCCUCUCCCCCCAGGUAUGGUGUGCAGUUUCCGUGUGACACAGUGUCAACGCAGUGAUGUGACAAUGCGGUGAUGUGACAUCACCAUGAUGGAACAAUGCCCCGUUGCUGGGAGACCUCUGGAGCACGAGGAGUCAGCGUGGGAUUGCAGCACCACAAGAGCUCAUGGAAGGAGCUCUGGAGCUCCAUCUCACUGCUGGUGUCCUGCCAAAAGGCAGAGUCACUGCUGAGUGUACUGGGAGCUACAGGGAGGAAAGCAGUGGGCUGAUAGAGAGAGCUUAGCUGAUUGGCCCCAGAACUGCACACCUGGGAGAUUGAGCCACCAGGCUGAUGGAUUACCUGCUGGAUCUCCCACUCGGAGUCAAGAUCUAUGUGAAGCCCAAGUCCAACUCUGUCUUCUGCAGGGGAAAGCUGGGGGAAAAGCUUCACUGGCAAUGUCCUUCUUUCAAUCUGGACGACCCCUACAUGCAUCACCUGAACCUGCAAUACAACUGCCUGCAUGACCCCCACCUUCAGGACUACCACAAGCGCAAGGACAUCCUGCGGAUGCUGAAGAAACAGGGCUUUGUCACCAGUGACAAGGUGAUUUGCACUGUGAAGGAGUUCAACGAGUACAGGCAGUACCUGACCAGGACCAAGCUGCAGUCAGAGCAGAUCUUAGGGCGGAGAGAGGAAGGGCUUCUGCCUCAUUUGGCCAAAUUAAAGGAUGGUCCCAAAGUGUCAAGAACCACUGACACUUCCUGCAGGGCACAGCGGCAGCUGCAGCCUCAGAAACCUUCUUGCCCACCUCCACAGAAGACCAAAGAGAGCCCCCUGAAAUCAGGGAAAUUCAGAAGAGUGAAAGUACUUUUAGACAAGGGCCAAACCCACUCCACAGCUGAGCUGGGCCAGGAAGAUGCCAGCAGAGCCGCUGGCUCCCAGAGGAAGCCGGACAACACUGCUGACAGCCUCUUGAAAGCUGUCUUUGAGCAGCUGACCACAGCAGAAGCCCAGAAGCUCCAAGAGCUGGUUGAGACCAUUGUGUUCAAAGAGUUUGCAAGGCUGAAGGUUCCUUGCGACCAGCGUGUCAAUUUUUUAAGGAACAUUGCUCAGGGGAUCAGAGGAAGUGAUUUUGGCAGAUCCGCGAGAACAGAGCCUGCAGAGACACCACUAGACCACCAACAGGAAAUAGAACUGGUGGCCAAGGAGCUUCUAGCGAUGGUGUUGGAGAUCCUGGGGGACCAUCUGGAGUCCAAAGCUUCUGAGUCAGGGAGGCCAUCCAGGCACAAGGAGCAGCUUGUUGACGGGGGAGCCACCCAAGCAGACACAUCCAAGGAAGCUGAAACAGACGGAGCACCACGUUUAAACGCUUGCCUUGACUAUCUCACCAUCCAAGUUGUUAAGAAUAUUCGCUACCUCUUGAAAUCCAUGAUAGCUUCUCAGUUUGGAGGAGACUCCAGAUGUGAGUACACCGAACUCCUGAAGCUUUCCAAGGGUAAGGUCACCAACAGACAGAUGCAGCCACGAUUCCCUGGAGCAUCUGAAGAGCAGAGCCAGGAAGAAAGCGCAGGAGUAAAGCUGCCUGCCUUAGGACCACAGCUCCAUGCAAAAGGGACUGGCUAUGCCAAAACCAUGGAGCCUGAGAAUCCUGCAAUGGUGAAGGGGAGCUUGGUGAGAGAAAGGAAUCCAGCAACCUCAGGCAACACUUUGGACAUAGGGACCAUGGCAAAUCGGAUCGUUUGGUCUGUAUUUGGGCGGGUUGUUCGGCAUAGGCCUGCACCAACCUGCAGACAGAAUUUCCAAUGACCUGUCCCAAACCCAGCCACAAGCCAAGGCAGAGAGGAGAGCCGUGCUGCUGAGGACACUCUCCUCUCCUUGGACCCACACUUUUCCUGACUGCUUGUCCCUCUGGAGGGUCCAAAGCUCCCUGCCCAGGCCAGAGCACGGCGCAGAUCAGGGCACCCAAAGCCCGUCUGAGGUGAGCAAGGCGUGUGGCAGGAGAGCUGAAGGGCCUCUAGACAGCAAACUUCACACCCUUCUUCUGUCAAUAAAGAGUUUACCCAUACGGCCUUGCUUGUGCUUCCUCCAAACCAGGCCAGACUGCAUCUGCUUAUUUUCCCUGCUGUAACCUGUCCCAUCCUCUUCCCUUCUACAGCCUCAGCCACACUGAAAGCCAAUUUUACAGGUGUCUUAGUUUGGAAAUGCAAGAUGUGGCUGGGGGUGUGUAUUCUAUUGCCAUCUGUUAGAUGUGGGGAGAGUUAUCGUCUGUUAGCUACCCACAAGGUAUUUGUUAAUUGUGCAGUUUUCUUUAUCCCUUCCACAAAUAAUCCUCCCUCUGGAAAAUACCUUCUGUUAAUGGGCCAUUGAGUAUCCCUGCGUGACUGAUAAAAUUACAUCAUUCCAUUGUGAGAUGCUCCACCCAGAGGGAGGAGCCAAGCAUUCUUACCUGGAUAUAAUUCGAGGUUUGGAACACCACAGCAGCCUUUUCCCACUGGAUUUCCAGAAGAGUAGUUUUCUUUUCUACUGGAAUUCCAGGGGAAGACCAGGCCCAUCUACACUACCACUGGAUGUUCAGAGCAAAACUACAUCCUUCUACACAAUCACUGCUUCAAUACAACCACACAUGUCACUCCUGGAGGACUGAAGCCACCAUUUAAUCAGACUACUACCAACACCCUGACCCACAGGGUGUGAGGUUGUAUUCUGACUCUGACAGUGUGAAAAUCACGUUUCUCUCUCCUGUGAAAAUGUUAAAAUUUAAUAAAGGACAAUAGGAGACAAAGACAAUAAAGCAAAGAUUAUAGCCAGGUGCAUCUUAGCACUCAGCCAAGAGCACACCUGCUAUUUUGGAAACACCCUUUAGAUACCAUUUCUAUUGCAUCAGCCUGUUACAUAUUCAUAAGCAAUUUUGCACAGUAAACUUUUCCCAAAAUGAGUUUACAUAUUCCAAGAACUGUUUAGCAUGGCUCCGCCUUUUUAGAGGAUGUGUAUCCCUUGGUUGUUGUUUUAGUCCAUUCUUAUCAUAACCUUCAGCUUUUGGGCCUUUGUCCACACUGUCUUCAGACAGUGAGUGCUGAUGGUUGGCAGAUCUUUAGCAGGUGUCAUCAUCCUGUGUUCAUUGGAUGCUAUCCUGUUCAAACAGGAAUUUUAACAAAAGCAUACUUACAUCAGCUAUUUCACUACUAUGUCUAAGUCUAAUUAACAAUAGAAAUAAAAACUGUAUUUUUAUGUGAGAAAUGACUGCUCACUUUAAAAAUGCUAAAAGGUUUAUUAAACCUUCACAAAAAAUACAACAAAAGGACUAAAUAAGGAAAAACAGGCCUGGAAGUCCCGCCCCAUGGCCCAUUCACAAAAUGGCUGCUCUACGUUUUAUACCUUUGGUGCUGCAUCGGGUAACCCUGGCCCCACCCAAAGUCUGUCGGUUAACUCUUUGUCACUGUCCAGUGGUGGAGCUUUCUUGCAACAUGACUGGAGGUCAGGUGCUGCCAUGCUGUGCCUCUUAGUAAAAAACCUGCCCUCCCCCUAAAUGCCCUGACCACCAAGGCCAUUAUGGGGGAUAUAUCACAAUAACAUCACUACACAUCUUAACAUACACAUAAUAUUUAUCUUGUAAUUGUGAAAGCCAGCUAUUACAUUACUUAUCUAUAACAGACCCUCAUUUUCCUUUUCUGUAAGUCAUUUGGCUUGAACAAUUGACUGUCAUUUUUGAUUCUGGUAAUCUACCCUUACUUUUCUGUCCUGGUUUAGGGCAUAUUUGUGAGAAAACCUCCAAAAGGGCCCCCCCCCGCCCCAGUAAGCAAACCCACACGUCCCCUCCCUCCAACUGGUUCAGGAAAAAUUUCCUCAGAGGGAAGUGGAUAAAACCUGUUUAUUUAAUAGGCAAAACACUCCACAAAAAAUGAACAAUACCAAAUGAAAAAACUCAUUUGCGGCUCUGAAGAGAUGACAAAUUCAGAAAGUCUCUCUUGUGGGUGGUUGCUCUGUUAUCAGUCCCUCUGGCACUGGCAAAGGCUGCUGCCCAGAGCCAGAGUAGCCCCCAGUGGGCCACAAAGUGCAAGCUCUCGGUGCUUCCCGCGUCCCAGUGUGGAGUAGGUUCGAACAGUUCCAAGAAAAGGGAAAGAAGAAUAAACAGUCCAGGGAAAACUUUUCUGCUAAACUAACUAAAAAGAAAAGGAGUGCUCUGUCCUGCUCUGUUGGCGCCCAGACAACAACAGUCCAGCAGAAUGUGGAGGAGUGAGUGCAGGCUGAUAGCUGUGGGAGGAUGUAUUGUGAGAGAAUAGAGAUAAUGCAGAAGGCAAUCUUGGCCUGAGGAGUUGCAACUGUACUAAUUACCUGAGAGUAGGAACAGCCUUGUCUUUAAUAGGCCACAGCUGUGUCCAGUAAGGAUGGGUGUUAUAAAAGAGUUGGGUUAGCUAGUUGAGAGUAGAGUCAGUUGGCUGUUCUUCUGCAAGGAGCAAGGGUCAGGCAGUCGUGCGAGGGACAGUAAGGGUUAAUAUGUGCUACUAGGGACAGAUAGGGUUAGGUGGUUGUGCUAGGGACAGGAAGAAGUCAGCCAGCUGUGUGGAAGAAAGAGAAAAGGAGUCAGUGUUGCGAGGAGCUGCCUGAGAGAACUCACAGAGAGAAGGUAUGAAAGUCUUACAGUAGGAUGAUAAAGUGACAGUCAGUCAAUCGGUGCCAAGCACUGAUGCUGACAGACAACAAACUCUAUGCUGCUUCUUCUCCCCACCUUCACUCUUAGAGCCAGCCUUGAAGGCACAGAAUAUAAUAUCCAGCAUAAACAGAACACACAAUUGGGGAUACAAGCAUCAUAAGGUCACCCUAGGACAUUUAAAAAAAAAAUUUACUUGCAUCUGUUGGUGUGGGCAGGGACAGUGGGAACAGGACAAAAUCUUAAGUUUCUUAGUGGUGAGAACAGAGGCCAACCCGGUGUUGCCAUUUAGUCUCUGUUGUAUUAAGAGACAAUUGAGGAAUGAUAGAGGUCUGGUAUGGCUUUCUUGCCCCUUACCAUGACUGUGGGGUUGCUACCCACAGCAGAGUUAUAAUCUUCCCAGUGGCAGACACGGGCCAAUCCAUUCUUGUCCUCUUAAAUGAACCGUCCCAGCACUUCUCACUGUUCCUCAUGUACUUCCCUCAACAGAGACUUGUAAUCUUCAUUUAUUCAAAAUAGGACAAUUGUAUUAAUGACUAAUACAAUUUAAAUUCUCUGCUCAAAAUGUUACUUAAGCAGUUAUCUAAAGCAUGCAGAGUAGCCCUGUGAGGCUUUCACUUGUCUUUCAGAAAGCACAACAACAGGGGGACAACAUUAGUCCAUCAAUCUACAAGAAUGAGUUCACACAUUUGCAAUUUCUAACAAGUCUACAGCAAAAUUAAGGCACAAGGUAAGAAUAUAAGUAACAGCAGUUUGAAUGGGCUGGUUUGUAGGCAUUCUUAUCUUCUCAGAAUGGCUCAGUGGAAGCAGUUUAUCUUCUUUAUGAUCUGUGUCAGUGUACCAGUCUCUGGGGUUUCACAGAACUUCUAGGAUUUCUGCUCCUUUGGAGUUCUCUGGUGGGUGUACUUGCACUUUGCAGUCAGUGGUAGAGACUUAAGAACGCUUUUGAUUCUUGGAGUCAGGAGGCUACAAGGCUGUUAUGGGGGAUGUAUUACAAUAACAUCACUGCUUAACUAUUGCCAGCCAGGGGCUCUGUACAAGUCACCAACAGGACGGGACUGUUGUGGAACGCGUCUCGAGCUGUUCAUUUUUCAGCAUCAGUCUCAUUACAGGGUUAUGGCAAUGGGAAGAUGCCAGCAGCUCACAUCCCAGGCAACAGACCAAGAACUUAAUGUUACAACUUACUUUAAAAGCUUUUUGACCAAUCACACAAAGCAAAAGCAUAUUGACAGUAGUUCUAUCCAAUCACUAUAAAUACACGUGCCUUUGGUUAAAACAAUGCUGGCUUAUUUUGAAUACAAUACUUGCUUGUAAGCCUCAAGAUACAAUGCACAGAGCUCCAUUAUUAAGCUUAGAACUUCCUAAUAGCUCACCAGAUAUACUUUUCUGCAACUUAGGGAGUUAUUCUACCCAAGCGUUAAUACACAGACCACUGUUCUAUUUGUUCUUUCUUUCUACUUCUUGUAUAAUUUUUCUGCUGGCAAAUCUUAUAGCUGCUGCUUAGCUCUAAUCACCAUCCUGCUGUCUCUGAGACCUGCCUUUUGCCAUGUGCCCAAAACUCUCUGUUUUUAAGGAAUCCCACACCUAACAUAUACAUAAUGUUUAUCUUGUAAUUGUGAGAGCCAACUAUUACAUUACUUAUCUAUAAUACUUUAUAACACAGUUACUUUAACGCCACACAUAUAAAAUCCAUUUUGUGAAAAAUGGAUAUUAUAUGAUUGGCUCUUUGCAAAUAUUAAAAUGAAUACUAUAUGUGUUAUGUUUGAAAGUAGUGUUGUAUUAAUCCUUUUUUAAGUAAUAUUGUAUUAAUAUAUUUAAGUGGUGUGUAAAAUAUAUUUUUAGGGUAUCGCAUAAUAUUGAAAUAGAAGCUAUCUGAUGUAAGAUACCUUUUUGUGGCCAGCACAAGGAAUGGAUGAAAUAAUCAAUUUCUUCACAGAGAUAACAGCAAGAGUUACUGCCUCCGUAUUGGAAAAGACAAACAUCCUUCCACCUCCUCUCUGUCUUUUAGGAGCCACCAGGAUUAAGGGGGAAAAGUUGACAAAAACCAGAAAAAUCCCUAGUUUGCUAGGAAUUUAUGCAUAAUCUAUGAGAUAUAUGAAUAUACAACAGGCUAUUGCUUUUAAGGAUUAAUCCUUUGUACACAAGGCAUGCUUUUCGUGGCUUUAGUGCCCAAGAGCAUCCAGACAUCCGUAAUUCUUUGCUUUUAUUGCCCUUUAUUGUCCUAACUCUGAUUGUCCAAAAUCUUAUUGCUCUAAUUUUUAUUACUGUUUUUAUAACCAUUUUAUUACUAUUAAACUUUUAAAAUUUUAAAACAAGUGAUUGGCAUUUUUCACACAUUUUAAUAUUUCAAAAAGCCAGUAUUAUACUAUGUAUCUAUAACAGUCAGUGUUGUGUUGUAUUAUUGCAUUUUUAUUUUUAUAUUUUCUUUUAAUUUUUUUCCUAAUAAAUAACUGUUAUACCUGCUCCCAUGUGUUUGCCUGAGAACCCCUUAAUUUCAAAAUUAUAAUAAUUUGGAGGGAGGGCGUUUGCAUUUUCCUUUUCAAGGGACGUUCCUGCCUUCCUUAGCAGACGCCUGGCUUUUCAAACCAAGAUGUAAUAUAUGUUAUGGAAUAAUUCGUGGUUAUGUAAAAUAUAUAUAUGCAAUAAAUGGUGCUUGUAUGAAAAAUCCUUAAGGUUUUAAACCACAAGCCGCAGCUGAGGAAAGGCUGCGAAACCACAGAUGGCAGCAAGCAGAAAGAGCUCAUUUACAAAUGCAAAAGCGUGGCUCUGUGUGGAGAUUGUCCCUUUCCUGGACCAUCUGAGAGACACCCAAUGAAUACAUGGGAGUUAUCUAUGAUCAAGAUAGUCAGAGUCGUCAGGAGCAUCAUCCCUAUACCAGGUUCCCAUAACUCAACAUCAGCAUUCAUCGCUUCCCAAAAACGGCUUUGUCCAGCCCAGCACAGAGAAAAGGAGACCCCACUGUCCGAGAUUGAGAAGCAGGAUGUUUUCUAUUACCAUCAGUGUAGCAGUUGCCUCUGGGCAGUUUUCCUUAUCUCCUGUUAAUGGGCCCAUCAAUGUCUCCCACAUGACUCAGACAACUCCCUCCAGGAGCCAUUUGCUAUUUAACGGGUGAUCAAGGACCCACCAAGUGACUCAGAAUGACAUCUGCCCAUGGUGAGAUGCUCUGCCCAGGGGGAAGAGCAAGCAUCGCCACCUAGAUAUAUUCUGGUAUUUUGGACAGAGCAGGCAGCCUUCCCACAGGUUUCCAAGAGGACACAGCUGGGGUUUUCCACUAGACAGACUAAACCUUUUCUACAGGACCACUGCAAAAACAGAAACCACAUCUGCCACUCCAGGAGGACUGCAGCCACUCCAGUUUGGACUGCUACCAACACGCUGGCCAGAGGGGUGUCAGGUUGUAUUCUGACUUUGUCAUUGGUCUUCCUUUUGUAUUAUUGCAUGUAUUUUGUUUCAUUUCCCUUUUCCCAAUAAAUUGUAUUUCUGACUUGGAGUCUCUCACUGGUUUUGCUUUCAAACCAGAACACCCAUGAAUAUGUGAAGCAGUGAGAAGAACAGGAGAACCUCUGCCCCAGGUGGAAAAACCUGUUUAAAAACUGACUGGACAGAAACAACAUUAGUGAACAGAGGGGAUCCGAUGCGGUAGAGGUUGGAUUAGUGCUCACCCAGUGCCAAUCCCGGGCUCAUUGCUGUCCUUUUGAUUGAGGCUAUCAGAGACCAAAUGUCAGCCAUGAAAUAAAAAUCUAUUUUAUUAAUUAUUAUUUUGGCUUGAUCAUUUUUACCUGUAACAAAGACAAAGGGGAAUCUGAGUUAGGGAGGUGAGGAGUAGCCAGCAUUUUUGUCUCGUACAGCAAGCUUUGUUGCCAGGUGAGUAGAGGGAUGUAUCCCAUUGGAGGCAGCCUGACUUUCACCUUGUGUGAAGGACAAUUAUGUCUUUGCCUUGCAAUCCUUUUUGCAGGGCCCUUUCUCAGACCAGGUUGCCCCAGAAGCUCUGCAGGAGCAUUCAGUGUUGCUGUGCUGGGUGAAUAUCUAAUGAGGGGGUGCCAAGAGGCUGAAACCAGCCCUUCCUUGGCACUGCCCAGCAAUGGGACAAGAAACUUCAGCAGGAAGUUCCACCUGAGCAUGAGGAAGAAAUUCUUUCCUGUGGGGAAACCACCUAUGGGGGUGGCGGUCAGAGGUUUUGGAGUGUACAGGUGACCUGUGUCAGUUGGAGGUUGUCACCUUUGACCAGUGCAGGGACUCACACUAAUGACGGGCUCAUCACAUCUACAGGGAAAAGGACAAAAGGUCAAAAGGAUGAGAACAAAGCUAAUGUCUUUAAAACAAUUUGAUGGGUGAAGGUUGGUGUUAAUGUUUUUGAAAUGGGCCUUAGUGUUUCUACUAACUUUGCAUGUUUGUUGCAGACUCGAGACAGCUUGACUCCUAAAACAGCCAAGGGUGUGCACAAGCCUGAAGUUCUGAACUUUGGGGUAAAGUGACAGGUUCAAGGGGAGUGGGUGGUUCGAGGAGGCUGUACUUUCCUCGUACCUCAGCCAAUGGGCAAAAGAAGAGGGCAGCUCCCAGGGCGUGCAGCUGGGAGUUAGGAUAAAAGGAGGCUGCACCCUCUGAAACCAAGAGAGAGAGAAAAGACCACAGGUGUGUUCUCUGCUGGACUCUCUCCCUUUAUUCAAAUAAAGUUGAAGGACUCCUUUGUCUCUUUUUUGGACAUAAACCUCUGGUGUUUGUGAAUUUUCCUAGCAACUGGGGGACCUAUCCGGGAUCCUUCCACUGUUAUUUCCCAGGCACCCCCCACCCAGAUCCCUGGGGAACAGCAGCUUCAGGAACACUGCCCACUGGUUUUGGGAAGGUAGUGCCUCUGCAGAGCCACUGGAGCUGAAUCCAGGGAUUUGGGCAAUCUCUGGAGCCCGCAAAGAGUUGGAGUUGGGGGAUGGGAAGAGCUGGUGGCUGGAGCAGGGGGUUGGGAGGCAUGGGUGGUGGACUACUCCCGACCUGCACCCUCCCUUUCCACUGCAGGAUCCCCAGGCUGCUCUGGACAACGCUCUGGAAGGAGAAUUUUUGUGGAACUUCAACUUGAGAAGGGGGGGGGAGGAGUUGGGAGGGGGGUCUUGAAGGUCCUCCUCCCCUUCCCCCCAUCCUCCUGCGAGGCAGGGGGAGCACCACCAAACCCUUGGAAACUCCCCAGAAAAGGGGGUUACAAGUCUGAGGCAGUGACAGACCAAAGCCUGGCCUUUACACAGAUACACAGAGGGAUUUUGUUUGGGUCACUGGGGAGGCAAGUGAUUUUGCAGAGAAUUCUGCAGCUGUGGAAGUGUGAGAGCCCAGAAGGAGAGGGAGCAGGGACUGAAGAAGUGGCCAAGUGGGCCUUUGCAGAAAUUUGUUAGAAAGGCACCUCAGGUAUAUGACUGUUAAAGUUUUCAGGAUCUGCUAUUGUACUAGGGGCUCACAACACUGGAGCCCUUGAGCUCUUACUGAACUGAGAAGUGUGUUCCCUAGCACACAUGUGAACUUCUUUAUCUAAUUUGAAUUUUAUGCCAAAGGGGGAAUAAUUGUUCAAAUGUUCUUUUCUUAAGUGGGAAAGAUGAGCAGGUUUUUUCAGCCACUAUUGGUAAAUGUGUGUGUGUACAUGCAAAUGGCCUCUGUGUGUGUCGAGUUUUGCCAGCAAAUAAAAGUAACACGGGGACA